AUGUUCAAGCAUUACUUCGUUUUCGACACACAGGUUUUGGCUGCGAAGCCUGAGAAGGACGUGGACACCAUGCGGAAGGAAGCCGCGGCAGCCCUACUCUCCGCAGCACAGGAUGGGCGCCUGGAGGCGGCUCUUGCAAAGGAGACCGUAUCGGAGGCGCCGGCCGGCGGGCCCCCGCCGGUGCCGGAGAUCGACGAGGAGGUCCGUGAGCUCGCGCGGAAGACCUUCGAGGAGGCUGCAGCCGACGGCCGGCUUGCUGAUGCUUUGAGCAAGGCCUUGGCUCCAGAGCCUGCAGCGCCUCCUCAGGCGGCCAAGCCCGAGGAGCAGGAACUGGAGGCUCUCCGUGUGCAGGCCAAGGACACUCUGAUGGCAGCAUGCGCAGAUGGAAGCCUGGACGCAGCCUUACAGACGAAGACCCAGGCAGCCAAGCCCGAGGAGCAGGAACUGGAGGCUCUCCGUGUGCAGGCCAAGGACACUCUGAUGGCAGCAUGCGCAGAUGGAAGCCUGGACGCAGCCUUACAGACGAAGACCCAGGCAGCCAAGCCCGAGGAGCAGGAACUGGAGGCUCUCCGUGUGCAGGCCAAGGACACUCUGAUGGCAGCAUGCGCAGAUGGAAGCCUGGACGCAGCCUUACAGAGCAAGACCCAGGUUGCCGGUCUGCUGGCGGGUUGGGCAGCUGACAACUGCAGUACGGAGCAGGGCCAGGACGUCAAGGCCAUCAAGGAAAAGGCAGCUGAUGCGCUGGUGAAGGCUCUGGCCAUGGAGGAUCCGGCGGAGACCACCCCGGAAGCAGCACCGUUGAAGUCUGUCCCGGAACCCGAGGCAAUGGCACCACCACCACCGCCUCCACGGGAAGACCAAGCGGAACUGAACAUUCAGGAUGUGAAGGCCAGAGCUUGCAACGCGCUGCACAAGGCUUUGGGCCUUGAAGAUGAGCAGCCGGUGGAUUUGGACGACGUGAAGGCACGGGCUGCCGGUGCGCUGGAGAAGGCAUUGGGCGUUUCAGAAUCCGCUGCGACCUCCAAGGACGAGACGGCCGAGGCCGAGCCAGCCCCGGCACAACCAACCUUGGUUACCGAAGUGCAGGAGAUCACCAGGCAAGUGAAGGAAGAGCUGGGAAAAUUCCAAGGCGAGGUGUGUGGACAAUUGCAGGACCUGAAGCAACUGUCCAGCGAGGUUCGAAAGGAUGUCGAGGAUCUCCGGCAUCAAGUGGCAGAGGCCAAGCGAGAGGUGUCGGGAUCAUCUACGUUUGGUGCCACAACGGUCACCACCAUCAAGCCCGAGGACCCUUUGCAGGACCUCGCUGGUGGGAGCCUGGCGGACCUUGAAAAGAAGAUCCGGGAGCGCAAUGAGCGCUUCAGGCGCGAGAAUGCGGCAAUGAGGGAAGAGAAUGCGCGCCUGAAGAUGAUGGGGCCAAAGGCUGACUGA